AUGACUCUUACACGUGCACUGGUAUGGGGCUCGCAGAUUAUCGUGUGUAAAGAAGCGACCUUCUCGGUGGACAUAGAAAAGGACGAUAAUAUUCAGAAGGCGAUGGCGGUCGACUUCCGAAGCAAGGCGCUGCUAUGUAUUGCACAUCGACAACGUACGAUCGUGCACUACGUCCGCAUCUACGUCAUGAUUGCGGGAAGGAUGGCUGAACUGGACACGCCACUGGAGUUGUGGAAGAUGGGUGGUGUCUUUAAGAGUUUGUGUAACCGGAGCCGGAUCUGCAUGAAAUAUACUCAAGAUACCCAGGAAGAGCUGCCGCAGCAAUCCGGGCCCGCCGCUUCUUAA